AUGAAAACCUCCGAGACAGACGGUAACGACGACGGUGAUCGGCGUCUCAGUCUCAUCGAUAUUUCUUCCGCCGACGAUUCUCUCAUCGUCAAUCCCUUUCACCACCAACAUUCAGAGAUAUUUUGCACUUCAAAUUUGAAAGAAGAAUUUGAUGACGCUGCCACCAAAAUCAACGAGUGGGAGCGGGAACCUCGUCCAAAUGUGAUUGAAAACCCUAAGUGUAAUUUGCGCCAGAGUUUAGCUUGGGAUACAGCUUUUUUCACAAGUCCUGGUGUUUUGGAACCUGAGGAGUUGAGUAGUAUGAUUGUGGGUGUUGAGAAAGGUAAUAAGCGCUCAUCAUUGCUUCCGGGAAUUCAAGAGGAUGUAAAGGGAUCGUGUGAGUCUAUCACUACCUUUACAAAUAAAAAUAGCUUGACCCAGGAGAGCGUAGAGGAUGAUCUGUUUCAAGAUGUAAGAGCUUCGAUUCAGAACUUCAUCAGGAUGUCUGAUGUGGCAAGGUUAAAUAGAGAAGUUCUACCCCAGUUCUGUCCUGGUGGCUCGUCUAAAGCGGUUGGCAUGGCUUCUUGUAAGAAGGUCCCAAGUUCCAAGAGUCCAAGUGCAGGCAUGCAAAGCACAGGGAAGUUACCAAAGAAGAAUCCUAUUUCUUCCCACCUAUCACAGAAACCUGUUGCUAGAAGGGAGGAGACGUGUAUUUCAAAGCAACAAAAGACACUAGGAAAGUCUAGUCCGAGGUCAACAAUAUCAUCCAAUAGAAGUUCCAUUAGCGAUCUUCAUGUCAAAAGCAAAAAGGAUAGGGCAAAUGAUAAAAAUUCCGGUAAGGUCAAUUCUGUGAUGAACACAACUGUCGUUAAGGGUUCUCAAGUUAAUGGGCUUAAAGCAAUCACAUUGUCCAAAUCCUCAUCUACAAAAGCAAAAUCAACAAUUUGCUCAUCCUCCAGUCGCAACUUAUCCUGUAAUAUUAGCAAAUCACCAUCAAAUUCCUUGAAAAAAAAAGUCGAUGCUGGAAACAAAAAACCAACGUCUUCUUCCUCAGUUGUCAGAACACCAUCAAGAAAUCCUCCGAGAGAUAAAAUUGGAUCUACCAAUUCUAGUCUUUCAGGCUUGGUGUCUGUUACCAAGCUCUCUUCUAGUAUUUCGCCUGCCAGAUCUAUUAGUGAUGGGUCUUCUGAGUCAUCAUCACCAUCAACUUCUAUCACUAAAGUUAGGUCUAACAGUUCAAGGACUACCUUUCACAGUAGCUCUAGCAAAAAACAUUUACCAGGGAAUAAUGCUAGACAUGUUUUGAAUUCUCAAAAAUCUCAAACUGGUUCAUGCUUAGAAGGGAAGGAGACUAGGAAUGCUGGAUCCAUCAGCCAGAGUGUAAGGGGGGCUACUGCCGCAAAAAUGGUUCCUACCCCCUCUCCCAAGAAACCUUUAGGCCUUCGACAGCCAUCACCUAAAAUUGGCUUCUUUGAAGGGGUGAAACCGUCAGUACGCAAUCUACGUGGAGAGAUGCAGCCACGCUCUACAGCGUCACAAAGUAAGGCCAGUCCUUUUAUAGGCCAAAACAAAGAAAAGCUUGGAAAGCUGAAAUCACCAAGAGCAAUCAUAUCAACUGAAAACAAAGUGUUCAAUGACCAGCAAGCGCUGCAUCAAGUUACUCUUAAUAAAUCACAAGAUGAUGGAAUCGAAACUUCUACAGCUUCGCAGCAUGUAGAAAGCUCUGCUGUUGUGCCCAUGGAGUUUCAAAACCAAAUGCAUUGUAAAACUGAUGCGGGUAAUUUGGAUGCCAAUAAUACCAUGGUCAAGGGGCAUCUUAUAGGUGCCAAUGAUCUAAAACCUGGCUUUACGCAGGAAAAGUCUUGUUAUGAUGAUCAAGUUGAUUGUUUGAGCAGACAAGUUGAGCUUAUGGAUAUAAAUUUGAAGACACAAACAUAG